AUGUCUUUCGGCAAGCUCUACACGUAUCCCAAGGCGCCCCGAUCCACGAUGGUGCUCUUCGUGGCCAAGUACAAUAAGCUUGACGUCGAAAUUUGCAACGCCUUUCCGAUCAAAUUCCAUACCGGAAAGGUUCCCGCACUGGAGACCGCAGACGGCUUUGCUGUCUACGAAAGCAACGAAGUUGCAUGGUUCCUGGCAAAGCAGGAUCCAAUCACCAAGCUCUGUGGAUCCGGGUUGAAGGAGGAGACGACGGUCCUUCGGUGGGCCUCUUUCACCAACUAUGAGCUCUUACCGCCCAUCAUGGCAUGGAUAGGACCCAUCAUUGGGCGGGCACCCAAUAGCCCGGAGAUUCUCAAAAAUUGCGAGGAGAGCUGUGAGUUGACAAUUCGCGCCAUCGAGACGGAGAUCGCGGGAAAGAGUUAUCUCGUUGGCGACACACUGACCCUUGCCGAUCUUUUCGUUGUUUCUGGUCUCGCAAGAGGUUAUCAAUAUGUUUUCACUAAGAGCUGGGAAGAGAAGCACCCGGUGGUGCAUGAAUACUACAUGCGCAUUAGGAAUGACAAAGAUGGAAUCUUCGACAGCAUCCUCAGACCUAAUGUUAUUCGCGACGAGGCUGGCGGCACGUAUCCUGACUACGAUGGCUUGUAA